AUGCCCUUAGAAUGUGAGCGAAGUUCUACUUCGCCAUCAGCAACCGGCACAGCAGCUUUGAUAGCAUCUGAAGUCCAGCACAACCAGCAGUCCUCGUCGACGGCGGCAAAUUCAGCAACCCAUUUAAAUGAAGAAUUGACCCAGCUGCCAGCAGCAGGAACAGCAGCAUCGAUCAUGGAUGGGGAAAUGUCAACAUCACAAACAUCAACAACAUCGAACAGUAGCAGCUGUAAUGGUGGUGGCAGCAGUGGAGGACGGAAAACGUCCAUUACUUCUCCCGAUCCCACAGCCUAUGUGGCCAAGGCUCGUGUCACCAGGCCCACACCACCGCCGCCACCCUACAAUCCAAUGCAAUUUGUACAAAUUAAACCUUGCAAUUUAUAUCAAACAGCACAAGAGCAACUAAAGAAGGCCGAAGAAGUCAAGAAGAUAAAGGAAGUGCGCAAAGAGGAGCCAGAGGAUUGGCAAAAUAACCUGGACAAUUGGAAGUCAUCACGUAGAAAACGUGUCGAACACAUUAUCGAUCGUGUGGUAGAGGUUAAAAAACUCGAAUUGGAAGAGCAUGAUCGUACGCGCAGAAAAUCGAAAACAUUUUCCGAAAUGAUUGAAAAUCGAAGUGAUCGCGUUGGCCGUCCUGCUUUGAAAAAGUUAGCCUCAUUGGCGGUCUACACAGAGGAUGAAUCGAAUGAUCUGAGUGAUUUGGGUAUUGGCACCAGCAGUGCCAGCGGCAAAAGUAGCCUGUCGGAGGAUUAUGAUAACAAUAGUGUUAUG